AUGGUGUCGCCCCAACUCUUGGAAUUCGCCCUUGCCAGCUGGCACUUGAUCCUCCCAAGCAUACUCAUCUUGUACCUGGUGUCAAACCGCUACCAGGGUGGUCUCUCCAAGGUCCCAGGACCGUGGCUGAACUCGGUCUCAACUUUGCCGCGAAUGUGGUCCGUCUACAAGGGCCAACAUCAUCUCGAUGACCUGAGACUGCAUGCAAAAUAUGGCAAAUACGUGCGACUGGCGCCAAACCUGGUUUCCAUCUCGGACCCUGGCCAAAUCAAUCAGAUAUACGGCAUCAACACCAAUUUCUUCAAGUCUCCCUUUUAUGAACUCUCGGCAGUCUAUGAUGAACAAGGCCUCGUCCCAGACCCCUUCGUCAUCCAGAACAACAAAUUGCUGCAUUCACGCAUGAAACGUAAUGCAGCGAAUGCCUACAGUAUGAACGGACUACUUAAAUUCGAGCCUUGGGUUGACGAUGUCAUGGAGCGGCUCUUGGUCAAACUCGAUAACCAUGCCGACAUUGAAACAUCCUGUGACCUAGGAAAUAUGAUGAAAAAUUUUGCCAUGGACGCCGUUUGCCGAUUGACUUUUGGCCGUGACUUGAAUUAUCUUGACAAGGGUGACCAACAUGGGUUCUUCCGCCUGCUUGAUUUGUUCACGCCAUACAUGGCCAUCUUCGGCCAUGUGGCGUGGCUACAUCCCUACCUUCUGGGCAACCCCUGGAUCGUCGGCUACUUUACCAAGGGCGACACUUCUACUCAAGCCAUGAUAUCGUUGUCGCAGAACGAACUUGAGCGCUCCCACAAGGAUAGCAUGUCAGAGAAUUCGGCCAUGACCUUCCUCGGCCGCCUAAGCUUGAACAAGGCAGCGAAACCAGACCAGAUCAACGAUCGUGAGAUCGUAACCCAUGCAUUUGGCAACAUCUCGGCCGGUUCCGACACGACAGCUAUCGCGAUGCGGUCGGUCAUGUACAACAUUUUAAACGAUCGAAAGGCAUACAACCGACUGGCUUCUGACGUGCGCAAGAAUCUCAGUCUCCCAGUUUCGUUUUCCAGUGCCAACGAGCUACCAUACCUGCGCGCUGCGAUUCAAGAGGGCAUGAGGCUACAUCCUUCAGUCGGCCAGAUUCUGUCUCGCUCGGUCCCUGAGGGUGGAGCAUUGGUCGGCGAUUACAAAUUGAAGGCGAAUGUUCAAGUUGGAAUGUCUCCAUGGGUACUACAUAGAGAUCCAGACGUGUUCCCCGAGCCUGACUGCUUCAAGCCAGAGAGAUGGAUCAUCGGAGAAGGGCACGCAGAUGAAGACGCACUUCGACGCAUGAACCGAUCCUUUUUUGCUUUUGGACAUGGUACUCAUACCUGCAGCGGUAAGCACAUCAGCAUAAUGGAGACGACCAAACUGGUGGCUACACUCUUGUUGAAGUAUGACUUGGAGCUGGCAGAAGGGGUCGGCCCGCUUACCUUUGUGAACCGUUGGUUCACUCAGCAGGAAGGAUUGAUAGUCAAUGUCCGCCCCCGCAAGUGA